UCCAUUCCAUGUCCAUUUUGUCGCCGCCAUACCAAAGUUCCUCAGCCGAACAAGCCAGUGCAACAAUGGGCAAAACAGAUAGAGGCCGGAUUUCUGGUGCAGAGCCUCAUGGACACUUUCGGUCCUGGAGCUGAUGAAACCAUUCUAUGCGACGUGUGUAGGAAGAGGGGGGAAGGAUGUACCAGCUAAAUCCUGGUGUUCUGAAUGUUCGGCCGCCUACUGUGACGACUGUGUGAUAUCCCAUGACUUCAUGCGUAUGUCAGCCGAUCAUCACAUAGAGACGAUAUCAAACAGAUGUGACGUCAUUCGUAAGAAGCAGAACAUAUUUUGCCAAAGUCACAAAGAGGUAGUGAAAAUAUUCUGCAAGGACUGUGACAGGGCCAUUUGUAAUACCUGCAACAGCAUUGACCACAGAACGUGCAAGAACGUGGUCACGGUUCAGUCCAUGACUGAGUGCAUGAAGUCUGUGCUGAGGGAGACGAAGCGGAGAAUACAGGAAAGAGUUGAGAAAGAGGAGGACAGAUUGAGAAUACCGCUUACUCAGAUGGAUGCCCUUUCCGGCAGUGCUGAUGAAGCUAAAGAGGAAAUCAAGAAGGCGUGUAAGAAAGCUGUAGACUUCAUUCACCAGAAAGAAACAGAACUGCUUGAAGAGGUGGAUGAAAUUGCCUCGAAGUCUCUGGAGGAGCUGGCAGAGGAAUCCAAAUCAAAUCAAAUGUCAGUUAAGAUAUCAAAUCAGAAUCUUGUCUUCAUUGAUCAAGCUUUAAAGUCCGACUCUGACAGUCAUCUGUAUGAGAUGUACCAAUCUUGCAAGUCAGACCUUGCUGGUGACCCCUGUCCUGCCACAAGGAGUUCUAGAGGAAACGUAGUGAAGGUAUCCCUAAAGAACAAAGUCGAUGGAAACCAUCUGCGUAAUGCAUUGUCCUCUAUGCUCACUGUUAACGGAAUAUACAGUGGCCCGACAGACCACGUAUCUGUGCCUUACUUGCUGCAAGGUAUUGACAUUGAAGACUCUGAUCACGGCACACCAAAUCCUACAGACAUCGUGGUAUUCCCGGCAGAUAACGGAUGUAAAACAUUGGUGAUUGCAGAUAAUAGCAACAAAUGCCUAUUAAUGGUCAGCUCAGAGCUCGGUGGAAUACGUAGCCGCUUGCAUACGGGUGAAGCUCCGUGGAAUCUGUGUAAGAUGAAUCUGCACCGAGUAGUUGCUACGAUUCUGGAGAAGAAGAAGUUGAUUGUGGCCAAUGUUCAGUUUCCGAACCUUACCCUCCAUUCGGAAGUACCAACACAAAAGGUUUAUUCGGGCAUUGCUUCAUUGGACUCUGAAUCGCUUGCGGUAGGAGCGUUGUCUCCUCCAAGUAUUGAUGUCAUAGAUUUGGAAGGGAACGUUCUUAAAACCAUAGCAAACCAAACUAUGAUCCGGGCUCCACAUUUCCUGUCGGUAACUCCAAAUAGAGAAAUCGUUGUAUCAGACAGUGGAUCAAAAGCAGUCGUAUGUAUAACAGAGGGUGGCGAUAUCGUAUUCUGUUACCGCCCUGAAGGAAGAUGUGCACUUCGGGCACCCCGGGGUAUCGUCACAGACGCUGCCGGAGGGAUCGUUUUCGUGGACAGAGAUUCCAACAAGGUCACCCAUUUGACUGCUAAUGGGGAGUUUGUCAGACACAUUCUGACAUCGAAAGACUGCGUGACAAAGCCCUGUGGCGUGUGUAUUGACGAACAGUCGUAUCUUUUUUGUCACAGAGAGGGGAAAGGGAGUGAAGGAAUACGGUUUCUGAAGAAACCACAUGACAACUAUAUACAGAUGUGGGUAGUUUAUAUUUUUAUAAUUUUAGAAAAAUUGUUAGGGUGUAUUAUGUGUGUGAAAAAUAUGACAUAUCGCCGAUCUGUUCUGAUCCGCCAUUGAUGCCUGUGAUGCUUGAGUGUUACAGUUCUAAAACUUCUUCCUUUCGUGUUGAUCUUAGUAUUUGACAAAACGGGAAAGGUGAUAGUUUUGUGAUAGUUUUAAACUUUCUGUAUUUGAGGUGUGUGUGACAGUGUCAAUUAACAUUCUGCAGGAAGAUAUCUGAAGGCUAAAUAACUAAUGUAAAAAACGUCUCAAAGUAGAUUUAAUUUUUUUUUUGACAGCUGAUGUUAACGCAUGUGUUCUAGCGAUAGUUUUGUGUGCUUUAAAAUGUUUGGGGAGGGGUGGCCGGGGUGUAUCAUGUAUUCUUUCAUUCAUUUACAUAUGUAUUUCUUUCUCUUGUUUUUUUUCUUUAUUUCUUUCAUUCAUUCACAUAUAAUUAUUGCUCUUAAUUCUUGCUAUAAUUCAUUCAUUCAUUCGUUCAUUUAUUUUAAAAUUUGGAAGAUGAGGGGGAUCUACUUAUAAGAAAACUUUGUGCUGAAGUAUGCCUAUAUGAAUAAAAACCUAUUUAUUCACUGAA